AUGGAGCUUGAAUUAGGACUCAAAAUCACUAAAAUCAAAGAUGAUACUGAUUCUAUCUCUGAGUAUCAAUUUAUGAAGGAUGCAGGACCUGUUUUUCAUUCUAGAGAAACCAACACCAUGUUCAUCCUCAUUGCCAAUCUCAAAGGUUAUAAGAAAAAUAACAUUGACAUCAAGAUUAGCAAAGAUGGGAGUAAGAUAUCAAUUAUUGGAAAGAAACCAAUUCAAGAAAUGGUGAUGAUGGGAUGGGUAAUGCAAAGGAAAGUGGUUGAUGUUAAAGGUUUCAAUAAGGUUUUCAAAAUUCCACAUGGUGUGAAUUUGGAUAAGAUCAAAGCAAAUUACAAUGAAGAGGAAUGGAUGAUGAAUAUUGUCAUGCCAAAAUUGGUAAAAGGGAUUUGCGGUCUUAAAAUUGAGGAAUUUAAGGAACAAGAGAAAAGUGAAAUUGAUCAUGUUUCUAGUAGUGUUGGUGAGACAAGGCAAAAAGGGUCAAAAGAUUGUGAAUUUCAAGAUAUGGAAGGAAGUGAAAAUGAUACUAACAAGAUCACAACACAAAAAGAAGUUAGAGGAUCUAAGUUAACAUUUGAAGAUGGAAAUGAUGAAGUUAAUAGGAACAUAAGAGAAAAUGAAAAAUGCAAAUUGAGGAUUGAGGAUAGCAAGAUAAAAGAUACAAGAAAACAUGGUGGAAAGGAAACAUAUGAAGCAUUGAAGACAUUAGAAAAUAUGGAGAAGAUGCUUAAUGAGACCAAGAAGGAUGUAAAUGAAGAAGCAAUAGAAAAAGAAGUUGGAGAUACUAAAUUGAGAAUUGAAAAUGAAAAUGGAGAGAUUGCGAGAGAAAAGGAUGGCAAAGAAGAAUAUGAUGUGACGAAGAAAUCAGAACGAGACCAAGGUGUUGGUGUAUUCAUCUCUAACAAAUUUGAAGAUAUGAGCAAAGAUAAAGAGAUUGAGGAUCAAAAGAUAGAUAGUAGAAAUGUUAUCAAGAGGCAUGAUGAUGUUAAUAGGGACAUAAUUGGAGGGACAAUAAAAGAAGAAGAAAAAGAAAUAUCUAACUUGAGGAGUGAAGAUGGUAAGGUAAAAGAUAUUGGUAAAUGUAUCUUAGGUAACAAUGUAGAUACAAAUCAAAGAGUUUUUGAAGAGUCUAUGAUUCAACAAAGUGAAGAGUCAAAACAAAAAGAGUCUAAAGAACAUUUUGAAGAAAGUGAGAAAGAAAAUAACACGAAACCAUUUGAAGCAAUCAAGGUGUUAGAAGUUGAACAUAAUGUAGUUGGUGGUUGUAUAGACAAAAAUGAAUUUGAAGAGUCUAGGAUUCCGCAAAUGGAGAAAACUAAAAGCACUAAAGGGAAAAUAAUUGGAGGGGAGUAUGAAAAGUUGCCUUUCAAAGCUAACCAAGAUUUUCAAAAGGAAAUGAUAAAGGCUAAGAUGAAAACUAAAGAUGGAGAUCAAAAAUGGGUUUUAGAAAAGCUUGGUGGUAGGGAAGAGUUUGAUUAUGGAAUGGUGAUAAUAAAGAAAGAGUUUCCUAAGAAAUUACCUAGAAGUUCCUUAAAGGAAAGUGGAGGAUCGAAUGUUGAAAGUAUGCAAGAAACCAAAAAUGUGAAAGAAGAAAUGAUGAACAAAGAGGUUGAAUGUUUUAUGGAGAAGGGUGAAGGUGAAAAAAUCGAAAUGAUGCAUGUGAAACAAAAGAAAGGCAAUAAUACAAGAGAGACGAUGCAAGAGGAAAUUGAAGAGGGAAGGAAAGGAAUAAAGGGAAGUUGUCAAGAACAAUUUUCAGGGAUCAAAGGAAAUAAAGAAUUUGAUUUUGAGAACAAAGACGAACAAAAACAAGUUAUCAAAAAAGAAUUAGUUGAAAAAGAAUGUUUAAUAGUGGAAGGAGGUGAAUAUGAGGAGAUAACUAAGGAGAUAGUUCAAGAUGAGGAAGAUAAAAAUAAACAUGGUAUAGUGAAGUUGAAAGGAGAGGGUUGUACAAAGAUUCAUGGUGAACCAAAUAAACCUUUUGAUGCAGAGAAUGCAAAUAUUGGAACAUUUGAUGGAAGAAAAACACAAAAGCUUAAAGAGAUUGAACAAACUAAAGAUGAAGAUGUCAAUGAAGAGGGGGAAAAUAUUCAAAAGUAUAUGAAGAAAGUGGUUAGAGACAAAUAUGAGAAGGUAAAAAAUGAAGAAAAUGAAGGUUUCGACCAAAAUAAAACAGAGAAGAAAGAUGAAAGAUUUUCGCAAGAAGAGACGAGCAAAGGAAUAUCAAAAGCAAGCAAUGCUUCUAAAGAAGUUUUUCCAAACAAAAUGUUAGAUUCACUAGUUGAUACAAGAGACGAACCAAAGAAUACAAGGAUUGAGAAAACAAAAGGUAUUAAAGAAAGUAACACGGAACUAUUUGAAGCAAUGAAUGUAUCAAAACUUGAACCUUUUGAAGCCAAUGUUGAUGAUCAUAAGAAUUUCAUAAAGCCUAAGAGGGAAACUAAAAAUGAUGAACCAAAGGGGAAAAAGCCUAAUAAAGAAGGACUUGAUGCAAAGAUAAAUAUUGAUGAAGAGUUUCCUAAGAACAUACCUACAAGUAAUCAUGAGGAAAGUGAAGGAUUAAAUGAUCUAAAAAUGCAAGAAACCAAAGAUGUCAAGGAAUAUGUCGUAAAUAGAAAGGGCAAAGAGAUUGAAUAUUUUAGGGAGAAGGGUGAAGGUGAUAGACUCAAAAUGAUGGAUGUGGAAGCAAAGAAAGUCAGUAAUAACGAAGGAACAAUGCAAGAGGAAAUUGAAAAGAUUGAGAAUGGAAUCAAAGGAGGUGGACAACAACAGGCUGCUAAGAUCGAAGGAAGUAAAGGAUUCAAUGUUGAAAAGGAGGAAGAAGAAGACGAAUCCAAGAAAAUAAGUAGGUCAAAAGAACAAGAUAAGGAAAGUAUCUCACAUAACAUUGUAGAUUCAGACCAAAGAGUUUUCGAAGAGGCUUUGAUUCAACAAAAUGGAGAGUCAAAACAAAAGGAAAAUGGAGGACCAAAGUGUAACUCUAAGGAAAGACUUAAAGAAGUUUUGAAAGAAAGUAGUAUGGAACAAAAUGAACUUAGAGAACCUAGAGUUCCACAAAUGGAGAAAGCUAAAAGCACUAAAGAAAGGAAGAAGGGAGGAAUGGAUUCUGAAAAGACGCCUUUUGAACUCAAUGAUGUUUAUAAAGUCGUGUUUAGAGAUGCCAUCCAAAAGGAAGUCAUAAAAAUAAAUCAAGAGCUUCCUAAAAGUAGUUUUGAUGAAAAUGAAGGAUUGAAUGUUCAAAAGAUUCAAGAAUCUAAAAAUGUAAAAGAAGAAAUGGUGGACAAAGAGAUUGAAUAUUUUGAGGAAAAAGGUGAAAGUGAAAGAUUCAAAAGGACGCAUGUGAAAACAAAGAAAGGAAAUACAAAAGAGACAAUGCAUGAGGAAAUUGAAAAGAAUGAGAAUGAAUUUAAGGAAAGUGAUCAACAACAUGUAAAGGAUAAUAUUAUAAAAGAAAUGAAUGAAGUCUCAAAGAAUGUGACUAAAGAGUUGAAACAGAAAGUUGGAAAGAUUGAUGAAAGUAGAGAAUUCAAUGAUGCAAAUGAGGAAGAACAAAUAGAGGUUAGUAAAAAAUCAAUGGUCGAAAGUGAAAGUUUGAUGAAAAAGGUGGAAGAAAAAGAAUCCAAGGAGAGAACUAAGGCUAAAAUAGUUCAAUAUGAGGAUGAUAAAAUUGAAUUUGGUAUAGUGAAGUUGAAAGGAGAGGGACCUAGAAAGAUCCAUGCUGAUGGAAGAAGUUUUCAAGAGAAGGAGGAAAGUAAAAAUGUCAAUGAAAAGGGUGAAAACCCCGAAAAGUUUGGGAACAAAGUUAAUAAUAAGAUACAAAAUCAAGAAGAUGAAGAAGACUUAGACUUCAAGAAAGGUGUAACAAAGAAAAAAGAUGAAGGCUAUUUGCGAAACGAUGUGAGUGAAAGAAGAUCUCAAGAUAUCAAGGAUGCACAAGAAGAUUUUCCAAUGAAAAUGUUAGACUCUCAAAUUGAUACAAGAGAGGAACUAAAGGAUAGAAUGAUUGAGAAAGCAAAAGGUCUCAAAGAGAAUGUAAAAGUUGUACCAUUUGUGAAGAAAGUAAAGUUUGAAGAAGAAGAAUUCAAGAAGAGAACUAAAGCAAUAGUUCAAGAUGAGGAAGAUAAAAUUGAAUAUGGUAUAGUAAAGUUGAAAGGAGAAGGAUCAACAAAUAUCACACACAAGUCUCAAGAUAAGGAGGAAAUUGAAGAUGUCAAUGAAAAAGAGUUUGUGAAGAAAGUGAAUGAGAAGAUACAAAAUCAAGAAGAUGAAGGUUUCAAGAAAAACACAACAAAGGAAAAAGAUGAUUGUUUUUUGCAAGAGACUAGUAAAGAAAGAUCAAAAACAAGUAAGGCUGCAAAUGAGCCUUUUGAUGUCAGAACUAAGAUAGAAAUUAGGAAUCAGAAACUUGAGUCUAUUGAUGAGUUAAUUGAGAAAGAGAAUGUUGGUAUUGGAAUAGUUGAUGGAAGACAAACGCAAAAGUUUCAAGAGAUGAAGAAAACUCAAGAUGCAAAGAACGAAAAGACAAAGAAGAAAGUGAGUGGAAACAAAUAUGAGAAGAAACAAAAUGAAGAAAUUGUUGGUUUCAAGAAAAAGGUAACAAAGGAGAAAGAUGAAUGUUAUUUGGAAGGAGAGAUGAGUAAAGGAAUAUCCAAAGAAAGCAUGGAUGAAAAAGAUGAUAUUUUUCCAAUGAUGUUAGAUUCAGCAGCUGAUUCAGAAGAGGGACUAACAGAUAGAAAGAUUGAGAAAACAAAAGGUGUCAAAGAAGAGAGUGAAAAAGUUGAACAAAUGGAAGCAAAUGAAGGUUUAAGGAAUGAUACUGAGGAACCAAAUUUUGGCGAGUCUAUGACAAUGGAAGAACUUCAAGAGUUAAGAAAUCUUGAGAGAGAAUUUCAAUCGGUAGUAAGUAUGGGAUUUAAGGAGUUUGAUUUUGAAAAUGCAAAGGAUAAGAAACAGAAGACAAAGGUGUUGGAUACAAAAUUUGCGGAUACAACAUUUGAAAGCAAGGAGACAUAUGAAUCAAGAGAUGAAAGUGUGAACCAAGAAGUUUUUAGUCCAAAGAAACCAAAAGAAGAAGGAGAAAAUCGGACUUGUAACAUAGUAGGGGAAACAUUUCAAGAGAAAACGGAUGAGUCUGAGAAGAAAAUCGAUGAUAGGGAGCAAGAAAAUGCGGCCAGAGAUGAUGCAAAAGUAGAGGCUAAAGAAAAAGAUAUGUUCAAAGAAUGUAAAACAACUCAAAAUGUUGAUGAUGAGAAGUGCAAGAUAGAUGAUGAAAUUGAAAAAUCUGGUAUUGAAAAGGAUGACAAGAAAAAACGAAUUCAUGAAACAAUGAAAACAGCACCGGAGAAAGAGCAUUCGGUAAAAUUUGAAGUUGGUGAGAAAGAAGAAGAAGAAUCAUUCGACGAAAGGCUAAAGAAUGAUAUUGCAGAAAUGAAGACUAAUCGAGACUAUGACCAACAUGAGUAUGGAGCAGAAGAGAUUAAAGCACCGAAGACCACGACAUAUGAAGAACCGAAAACGUCAAAGUUACAAAGGAAAAGGAUUAAUCAACAAUCAAAAGAAAGGAAAGAAGCUCAUGAAGUUACAAGGUCCCCAAAAAUGAACAAUGAAAUUCCAAAGGAGGAGGAAAGGAACACUAAUGUACCCGAAUCAACGAUUUCGAAAGAAGAACAAACGCAAAUUACAACUACUCAUUUGAAAGAAAAAGUGGCUCAACAAUCAAAGGUUCCAAACUCAUUAAGCACUCAACAAUUAGAAGUUGAAGGAGAAGAAAAAACAAAGAAAAAUGAACUUGAACAAUGCAUAAACAAAGAUGAAGAAGAAAAACAUGAAAUAGAAGAAAUUGAUGAAGAAGAAAAAGACUAUGAACAAGUGCAUGAGGAACAGAAACAAGGUGAAGAGAAAAAGAACAAUGCAAAAAUAUCAAAGAAACUGUUGGUUCCAUUGGCUAUAGCAGGAUCAGCAUUACUUGCUACUAUAGUAUUUAUCUUUGUUAAGCAUAGAAGAUCUAGAAAAAUGUAA